GUCAUUUAUUGUCAAAAUAAUGUGCAGUGUUCGAUACUGGUAAAAUGUGGAACUAUUAAAGUUUUUGUAUUGAAAAGUUAAUGUUUACAAGAAGAUAUCGCUUUAUAUUUAAACGAGCUUAUCAAAUAAUUAUGAAAAUGGAAAGCUCUUCAGCUACUAAAUCAAUUAAGGAGGGGCAAGCUGAAAUAAAGUUGAGUACAGAGAAGGUCUUCUACAAUCCAGUUCAGGAAUUUAACAGAGACUUGAGUGUAGCAGUUCUGACUGUAUUUACUGAAGACUAUAAGCAAGAGAAACGUGAGAAGGCUCAGAAAAAAAGACAGGACAAGAAAAGGAAGAAACUGAAACGGAGGUUUGAAUUUUAAAUAAUUGAGGUGACAAUUCUUGAAGCUCUAUCAGCUACUGGGCUGAGAAGUAUCCGCUAUGCCAAGGAAGUGCCAAAUGUGACUAAAAUUGUGGCCAAUGACUUGUCUGAGCAGGCUGUAGAGACAAUCAAGGCUAAUAUUGUGCAUAAUGGAGUAGACAAUAUUAUUGAAACUAGCCAUGAUGAUGCUUGCAUGCUAAUGUACAAACACAAGCACCCCCAGAAGAGAUUCUCAGCAAUAGACCUAGACCCAUAUGGCUGCCCAUCCAUCUUCCUCGACUCGGCAGUGCAAAGUGUGCAAGAUGGUGGCUUACUGUUGGUUACUGCCACUGACAUGGCUGUGCUCGCUGGCAACUCGCCGGAGACUUGCUACUGCAAGUAUGGUGCGGUCAGUUUGAAGACUAAAUGCUGUCAUGAAAUGGCGUUAAGAAUUCUUUUACAAUGCAUAGAACAGCACGCCAAUCGCUACAGUAGGUACAUUGUACCGCUCAUCAGCAUAUCGGCCGAUUUCUACAUUCGCGUGUUUGUCAAAGUAUACUCUGGUGCUAUUCAUUGCAAAAAAACUACGAGUAAACUAUCUAUGGUGUACCAAUGUGUAGGCUGCGAUAACAUCACCCUUCAGCCACUGGGUGGUUUCAAACCCAACCCUACAGAGAAGAACCCGGCACAAACAAAGGCGUUUCUGCCACCCGCCCCACCUGUGGGCGAGUUCUGUGUGCACUGCAACCAGAGGCAUCAUCUUGGCGGUCCAAUCUGGUCAGCCCCUAUCCACGACGAAUCCUUCGUGAGCCGUGUCCUAACCAGAGUACAAGAGCAACCUCAACUCUUUGGCACGGCGAAGCGAAUAGAAGGACUUUUAUCUAUGGUUAGAGAGGAGCUCCAUGAUACGCCUCUCUAUUACACUAUGGAUAAGCUGGUCGGACGUGUGCAUUUGGAGACUAUGCCUAUGCUGGUUAUGAGGUCGGCAAUCCUAAAUGGUGGUUACAAAGUAUCCUACUCGCACGCGUCCAAAAUGUCGAUCAAGACAAACGCGCCGGCGCAGUACGUGUGGGACAUCAUACGGACGUGGGAGAAGUCGCACCCGAUCAAACCGGCUAAGCUUGAAGCGGACCCGGUCACCAAAAACCUACUCAGCCAGCCCAUCACAAGCUCAAUAGACCUCAGCCAGAGGGUCGACGCCAACCCCAUCAGCCGGCGCGACGGACAGCUUCGCUUUCAGUUUAACCCUGCCCCUUACUGGGGCCCGGGAUCUAGGGCUGCUGUUAAUGUGGGAGAGGAGAAAAUGUCCAAGGCUCUACGAAAUCAAAACAAACACGCAAAGAAUAAAACUGCUAAGCGGCAGCAUUCGCCGGGUGAAGACGAAACGCGAAAGAAACCAAAUAUCGAAGAAGUCGAAGCGUAAAUUUAAAUUUGUAUUUGAUGUAAUCAUUUACAUGUAAUAUAAAUAAUAAAAAUAAAAGCCUUUUUAUUCCAUAAACAC